AUGAAGCAGUGCCAAUUCUGCAAUUCACACAAAACCAAAGUACUGAAUGACACUUUGUUCUGUGAGAACUGUGAAAUAUACUUUACUUUGAAAAACGGCAUUCAACUAAUCAAGUCACUUCCAAUAGCUGAAACCAAGCAAAGAACUCUAAAUCUCUGUGUGUCCUGCUCAAGAAGAGCCAUGAAAAACAGUUCGAUUAAAUGUAGAACAUUCCGGGAGUAUUUAAAGAGGCUUCCGUACUGCAGCAGCUGCAAAUCCUUAAAUGUCGUGUUUUUGAAAAACCUAUUUUUCAAAAAUUUUCUGCUGUACAAAAAGAUCAAAAGCGUGUUUGGUCUUUCAACGCUUUUCACUUUAAUAAUGACGUGGUGCUGUUUUGAAAAGUAUGUGUCUGCAUUGUACUAUUACAUAGCUAUAACUGCCGAUGGCAUGUCUUCAUUUAGCUUUAUAUUCACAUCGUUUCUACUCUAUCACCUAAACCAGUACUCAUUCAUAAGGCUUAUGCUAUUUUUAAUAUGCCUAUAUAAAAUCAUAUCCAAGAAAUCCAUAUACUUUGAAAUCCCAAUCAAUCUUUUAAGCGCACAUGAACUUGACAAUUUUAUAGAUCGCCUGAACAUUAACAGCUCACUUGAGAGCGAUGUUUAUCGACAUGACAAAAGAGUUAACGUACAUUACGGCUCGCAACCUCAUCUUAAAAAUAAAUAA